AUGUACUGGUUUGUCCUCUACGACCUGCAGAACGUUUUAGGGACCUGUGGCCUGAAGAAGUUAGUGACCUUUUUAACUUGGUACAAAGAGUUUCAAAUGUUGUGGAGACCCACUUUGGUGGCACCUCUUUAA